CGCGCAAAGUCCGCAGUGGUGGCUGCGGGCAGCUAGCAGCUAGCGCUGGUCGCAGAAGACACCGCGCAGUCCUCUCCUCCAGCAUGCCAGACCUCCUGGACAGCGGGCUCUUCCCGCUACCUUCCAACUUCUCCAGGCGGCAGUGGCUCACGCUCAUCGUCAUCGGCAUCGCAGACUUCUGCAACGCCAUUUGCGUCUCGCUCCAGGCUCCCUUCUACCCGCACGAGGCAGAAAAGAAAGGAGCAACUGCUACGGAGUAUGGACUGGUGUUUGGUGUCUUCGAGUUGGUGGUUUUCAUUGUCAGUCCACUGUAUGGAAAACAUCUCAACAGGAUAGGACCAAAGUAUAUGUUCAAUGGUGGAAUUUUUACCACAGGCACAUGUGCUAUAUUAUUUGGCCUGCUGGACAAAGUCAACGGACACUAUCCAUUCAUUGUGCUGUCGUUUCUGAUUAGAAUAGUUGAAGCACUUGGAAAUGCUGCUUUUUUGACAGCAAGUUUUGCUAUAAUUGCCAAAGAAUUUCCAAACAAUGUUGCCACAACAUUUGCUUCACUGGAAACAUUCUUUGGUCUCGGUCUCAUUGUUGGACCAACUGUGGGAGGAGCUCUUUACCAGCUUGGAGGUUAUACAACUCCAUUUGCUGUGUUGGGAUCUGCUCUGUUCAUGUCAGCAGUGAUGACAGCAUUUGUACUACCAGGACACUCAGAUUCUCCUGUUGACGACAAACAUGAAGGUGGCCUGUUCCAAGUCUUGAAGAUACCAGGAGUUAUGCUCGCAGCUUCAAGCAUUGUUGUCACAUCAAUGAGCAUUGGCUUCUUACAAGCUACAUUGGAACCACAUCUCAGAAAUUUCAACCUCUCCCCUGUGAUUCUGGGACUCAUGUUUGUCAUCAAUGGUGGUACGUAUGCACUAACUGCUCCUUGCUGGGGUUGGAUGUGUGAUCGUUUCCUGAUGCCUAAGAUUGCCACCAUCAUUGGAUGCCUUAUGAUAAUGGUUGGCUUCAGCAUGAUUGGCCCUGCUCCUUUCAUUCCAUGUGACACAAUUCUAUGGUUAUCAAUUCUGGGGCUUGUGUGUCAUGGCCUUGGGAUAGCUGCGCAACUGGUGGCAUCAUUCACAGAUGCUCUUAGAACAGCAAUAGCAUAUGGCUUUCCUAACAAUCUGGAAACUUAUGGCUUGAUAUCUGGAUUGUGGACUUCAACAUUUGCACUGGGAGCUUUUAUUGGUCCAUCUGCUGCCGGUAUUCUAUAUGAUAGAGUAGGAUUUAAAAAUGCAACAAUGUUCAUUGUUGGACUUAAUCUUCUUGUAGGUAUAGCCGUACUGAUCUUUAUUUGCUUCACACGAAGAAGAUCACCCUACAAGGAAAUAACACCAGCAGAUGAUCUGAAGAUGUACUCCAGUGCAGAGACAGGGUCGAACAACAUCAGUAAUGGAACUGUUGUCAGAAACAAAGCAGUUGCUAUUGAACGACCACCAGGAAUGAAUGGCAUUAUUGCCUGUAACAGUUACAAAAAUAGGCAUGGAACCUGGCAUAUGAAAGACAGUGGUGCUGUUCUGAUAGGCCCAUACAGUUCAAGUUUUGGUGGGUCAGAAGCAAGAAAUCUUAUAGGGGGCAGACAUUGAACAUUUCUGCUGAAAAAUUAAAUUCUGAAGAAAAAUGUGUUGCCUACAGUGUUAAAUUUUACACCUGUAAAAUAACACCUAUCAGUAUUCUCAAAACAUCCUUAAUGUCUAGUUAUAACUGUAAAGAAGAGUGUUUACAGUAAUAUGAUGGUAGCAGCAGUAAAUAGUAUGCUUGAUGAAAGAGAAGAACCAAUGUGUACCUAUCUGUGUAUGAUCUGUCAUUUGAAAAAGCAAGUAAAAUGAUGAGAAUGCUGCUAUGUAAUGCCCACAGCUGUUAAAUAACAUUAGGUCAAGCUCCACCCAUAAACAGUUACCUCUAUGCAUUCUCAUCGUAGACUGACUGACAAUUCAGGAGGCCUUUUGUGUCUAACAUUUUAUUUAUUAAACUUUCUUAAACAUGACCACAAGUUAAAUAAAAACUAGUUCAUACAUGUUCCUCACUUUUAGAAUAAUUUUUUGUGUCUCUCUUAUUUAGCAACCUGUAACUGCACAAAUGAAAAUGUUUUAUUUUGUAAAUAUUGAUUACAUUACUAAGUGUGGAGGGAGCAAAUAAUUGUACAUAUUAAGAAUGAGUGUGAUAACUUUUGAUCUGCAUUUUUGAAAAAUAAUUUUGUAGUCCAUUACUAAAUAAGAAUGGGACACACCAAAGUGAAAAUGUAAAGAAUAAAAACUAUGUG